AUGGCGCCUCCCCCCUGGCGCGGAGCGCUCAUCACCUCGGCCGCCGUCACCGUGUUCCUGGCUUUGCGCCAGCCCGUCUUGUCGAGAUGUAACCUCGUCUGCACCUUCGCCGGCGCCUACGUGCUCCAGAUGGUCGCAUGGGGCAUCUUCAUCGUACUUCUGUUCCCCCAGUACCUCUCCAGCCUCCGCUCUAUCCCCGGGCCUAAGGACGACCACUGGUUGAUGGGACAGUACCCGAGGAUCAUCCGCGAGCCCACAGGCGUGCCCAUGAUGGAAUGGGUCAACACCAUCCCUCACGAAGGCAUCAUCCGCUACCGCGGCUUGUUCAACCAGGAGCGCCUCUUGAUCACGUCGCCCAAGGCCUUGGCCGAGGUGCUCGUCACCCGCAACUACGACUUCCACAAGCCCAGCGCCGUCCGCUCCUCCAUCGGCCGCAUCCUCGGCGUCGGCGUGCUACUGGCCGAGGGCGACGAGCACAAGUUCCAACGCAAGAACCUCAUGCCCGCCUUCGCCUUCCGCCACGUCAAGGACCUGUACCCUCGCUUCUGGAGCAAGGCCUGCGAGGGCGUCCAGGCCAUCACCGACGCCGUUCACGCCGAUGCCGCCAAAGGCCCGCCAAAAGGGCUCACCGAAACCGAGAAGGCCGGCAUGGGCCCUAACGUCGCCGUCCUCGAGAUCGGUAACUGGGCCUCACGCACCACCCUCGAUAUCAUAGGCAUGGCCGGCAUGGGCCGCGACUUUGGCGCCAUCCGCGACCCCUCCAACCCGCUGGCCCAGACUUACCAGCAGGUCUUCAAACCGAGCCGCCAGGCCCAGAUCCUCGCCGUCCUCGGCAUGUUCUUGCCGGGGCCCCUCGUCCACCACCUGCCCUUCUCGCGCAACGGCGACAUCGCAAAGGCGGCCAACACCAUCCGUGCCACCUGCCGCGAGCUCAUCCGCGAGAAGCAGGACAAGCUGCGCCACAAGAAGCUCACGGAUGUCGACAUCCUCUCCGUCGCCCUCGAGUCCGGCUGCUUCACCGAGGACAACCUCGUCGACCAGAUGAUGACAUUCCUCGCCGCCGGCCACGAGACCACCGCCUCGGCCAUGAUGUGGGCCAUCUACUGCCUCUGUCUCCAUCCGGACGUCCAGUCACGCCUGCGCCGCGAGGUCCGCGACCGCCUCCCGGCCCCCGGAACCCCGGGCGACAUCACCGCCCUCGACAUCGACCACAUGCCCUACCUCAACGCCGUCUGCAACGAAGUGCUCCGCUACUACUCCCCCGUGCCCAUGACCCUGCGCGAGGCCGUCGUUGACACCGUCAUCGACGGCCACAAGGUGCCCAAGGGCACCCGCAUCAUGCUCUGCCCCUGGGCCAUCAACAAGGAUACGGCCCUGUGGGGCCCGGACGCCGGCCGCUUCGACCCGGAGCGCUGGCUAACCCGCAGUGACGGCAGUGGCGGCGAUAACAACGCCGAGAGCAAGAAGACGGCGGCCAGCGGUGGCGCCACGAGCAACUACGCCUUCAUGACGUUCCUGCACGGUCCGCGGAGCUGCAUCGGACAGGGCUUCGCAAAGGCCGAGUUCGCUUGCAUUCUCGCCUCCUGGAUCGGCCGCUUCGAGUUCAGCCUGCGAAACAAGGAAGAGUACGACGAGAAGAACCUGUCCAUCAAGGGCGGCGUGACGGCGCGGCCGUCAAAGGGCCUGCACGUGUACGUCAAGGUCGUCGACGGGUGGUGA